CUUAGUCUCAUUCUAAUGGAAUGUACAUUACCAUAACUUUAGAGAUUUUUAACAAAUGUAAACGGACAAUGGGAGAGGGGUCUGCAUAAAAGUUCGAUCGUUAACUAUGUCACUUCCACUUUCAGCCCAAAUUCAAAUGACAGUUAGUUGAGAUUCUGACAACAGAUCGCUCAUUGUUAUUGUUUUUAGGCCUUCUGAGAAUGAAAGUUCGGGUCCAGAUGUUUGGCUAAUAUUUCUACGUUACUAACUCCAAUGGUUUUCGAACUGUUCGAGCUGGUUGGACACGUUACAACAUAAACUCACCUGAAAGUGUUUCUGAUCAUAUGUACCGGAUGGCAUUGAUGGCUACCGUAAUCCCAACAAAUGAACGUGGAAAUUUAAACACAGAUCGAUUAUUAAAAAUGGCAAUUGUACAUGAUUUAGCUGAAUGUAUCGUGGGAGAUAUUACACCACAUUGUGGAGUAUCGAAAGAAGAAAAACUGUCCAGAGAAAAAGACGCUAUGAAACAAUUAUGUGAACUUAUUUCAGAAGAGAGCAGUGCAGAAAUUAUGAGUUUAUGGAAAGAAUAUGUUGAUCAGCAAACACCAGAGGCUGUUAUUUGUAAAGAUUUUGAUAAAUUUGAGAUGCUCUUGCAGGCUUAUGAAUAUGAACAUGAAACUCUUGAACCAGGAAAAUUAGAAUCAUUUUUCGAAAGUACUCUAGGAACAUUUAGCACAAGUUUGGGUCAAAAGUGGGUCAAAGAGCUGUGUUCAUUGCGGAAAAAUUUAUUUAUUCAGUGUGAAUCUAGUGAUAAAAGUGGCUAGUAUGUGCCUCAGUUUCUACGAGACUUUAGGAUAUUCCUCUUUUUCUAUGCAUUUAAAUACUUCUAUGUGACUUCACCGAUUAAAUUUUGACAAAUCAUGUAUAUUUCUUUUGAUUUUAAUAAGUCAUUUUUACUGACGUUUGUCGCCAUAUGUUAUGAAAAUCAAAGAGUUUAUUAUUACCCGCUGAAUAACAUUACAGUAUUUUUAUGUUGUAUUUUGUGAAACUCAUCUUUAGAUUUGACUCAUUGUACAUUUUUAUUGUUUUUAUGGAUUAUAGACGGUUGAAGAUGUGAUUCAAUCGUCGGUUUCCUUGUGGGUUAUUUAGUUGAAGAAAUACUCUUAGUAAAGCAUUGUCGUAUUACGCUCCGAGUCAGAUUUAUGUGGUACGAAAUCCGACGGCGUAAAUUAGAAAGGAACUACUAAUCACUUUGGUGGUUGUGACUGGAGAUUUCAGUACAGUGUUUUACCAUGUUAUAAAUUUAUAUCCGUAUGAAUGAUAAUACAUGGAAACUAUUAUGUUUCUACUAAUUUGAUAAUCAUAUGAGAACUUCAAAUUAAGGUGCCGUCAUUGAUUUUCACUCCUUAUAAUCUAGGUGAUCCACAUACUUAUUACAUAAACAUUUAAAGGUUCACUUGCUAUUUGUAGCUUACUAAACAAAUGGCAAUUAUACUACUAGUUCAGUCUCGGUUUUUGGCUUUAAUUAACAUUUGUUCACAGGAAACGCAGCGUUACCAAAUCUAACACGUCAGUAAAAGCACUGAUGAACUAUAAUGCUUUCUAUGUAGGUGUUUAGUAUUCAGUCAUGUCGACAAACCUUUUUAUACUACUUCCUGUAUAGUUAAACUGGUAACAAUUGUUCUUUUGGAUUACUUGUAUUCCAGCAAUCCAGUGAUGGUGAUAGGCAUAGGCUUUUUUUCAUUUUUGAGAUUUGUCACUUUUGGAGUUUCUUCAGAUGGACUGUUUGUGGAUCGUCUGUAGCUGUCGUGGUGUGCUUAACAGCUUGAUCGAGGUGCUGUUGAGAUAUUCAGUAAAAUAUCUCAAAAAUUAUCCUGCUAACUCUAAUGCUGUUCUUGAACGUGAAAAGAUGUCAUUUUCCUAUUGGUCAGUAUUUAUGGUAGUCCUAACUGUAUAAAUAUGCAUUUGUCUAUAAAGUAUUAGUCCUAUUCUUAUUCUUCUCCUGACCCCAUAAACAAUUUCAUCUACGGUUCGUGUUCUGAUAUAUUGGAGAUUGG